GAUGAUGAUGAUGAUGAUGAUGAUGAUGAUGAUGAUGAUGAUGAUGAUGAUGAUGAUGAUGAUGAUGGGCGGACCGAGCGCAGCGGAGCGAUAGGGCGCAUUUGUUCAAUUUCCCUUCAACACCGCUUCCCCUCCCCACCACCCAGCCUCCCAUCUCUCCCCCCCUUUUUUUCCCGGACACACGACGACAAGCCCGUGUGACGGCCGUGUCCCCCCACCCCACCCCAACCUCCAACUCACACACGUGCAUUGAUCCAAUGUAUUAUUCACGAGCGAAACUUCAGCAACUUAUCCAGCGGACAUGGCUACCGGUUUGAGGAGUGACGGGCGGCCAGGUCAGCGGGAGGAGGCGGGGGCCAGCGGCGGCGGCUGUGGAGCGGAGCCGGGCGGAUGCUCGGCGCGCAGGACGGCUGUCGGAGGAGACCAGGGGGGCUGUUUGAGGAGCAGCCUGAGAGCCGGCGCAGCGGGGAUGCUGGCGAACUGUCUGCUGUCCGUGGCACCGCUGUUGCUCCUUGUCCGGUGCGCCGUGGCCGCAGAGGAAAAAUCCACCUACGAUGCCUCUGGCUUCUCACCUUUACCGAGCAGUUCUGCAGUCACAGGUGCACCCACUCAUCCACUAACUGAGCUGUUGGUGGCAGAGGAGGUGCCUUUCCAAGUGGUCCAUUCAGAUGUUGACCCCGAGUCUGAGGGAGAAGGUUUGUCAGGACAGCCGGCCUUUUCCUCCGUCCUAACCGUGAUGGCAGAAACUGUCAAACAUCCUGCGAGCCUUGAUCAAAGUCGAGCCUUGCCGACUGAUAGCAGGGACGAGACGCACACCACCCAAUGGCCUUCACGUAGCUCCAGCCGAGCCUCAGACGAGCCCUCCUCAUCGUCGUCGUUUGUGGGAGACAGCUUCGGAACAAGCUCAGAACCAGAGAUCGAUGAGUUAACCACAGAAACAUCCAAAUCAGCUGUGUUCACUUUCCCCAAAGACAAAGAGGCCAGUCUGAACCCCUCUCAGCCAGACAGGGCUGUCCUUUCUGCUGAUCCCAUUGAGGGGACAUCUCAGGUAUCACCAGUGACCCCCCAGCAGGUCACCACUACAGCCUCCGUGAAGCUGACCACCACAACUUUAGCUUCAGCUACAAUCCCCCCUACCACUAGCACACCUUCUGUAAAAGUAACAACACAUUCAGUCUCCACAACCACAACUCAACCCACACACAUUAUAAGAAGAACCACAACCACCACCACCACCAUCAGGACUUACACCAGCAGGAGAACCUUCACGUCACCCAUCCAACGAACAAGCCCCCCGAGGGGGGUCACCACCAUCUUCAUCUCACCUUUCACCACAACCACAGAGCCUCCACCGCCACAGUGCAACAUCACAGAGAGACUGUGGGUCAAAACAGUUGUUUCCAUCUACGUGAGGAGGAACCGGCUGGACAGCAUUCAGAGACAGAACCUGCGAAGGGGACUAAGUCAAGGGCUCAGGAAAGCUCUGAAUGAUAUGAAUGCACAAGCACAGGUGGAGACUGUUUUUGGCUCUCCCAACAUGACAGUGGCGUAUCACGUGACAGGAGGAGACAUAGUUUAUCCUCCAUCUGUGGUGAUGGAGGGCUUGACAUCAUACGGCCGCGAUAAGCUGAUAGCAGACCUGCGACAGUAUCUCCCCCUGGUAACUGCCUUGCCUUUCCCUGUUGCGUUGUGGAGACCCAACCCUGCCACUGGCUUCCAGCUGAAAACAGUGCUGCAGUUUGUGGGAACGGGGGAUGAUCCUCGAUCCUGUCGCUUCUCUCAAAUGAUGGAACAGAGACUGCAGAGGGUGUUUUCUGAGGCCCAGACCAAAGUUCUUAAAGUUAAAAGCCAACUCACAGUUCAGAUGCUAAGCGUCUCUCAGACAGCAGGCUAUCCUGCUGUGUCGCUGGUCUACACUGUAAAGAAUGGAACCGCCUAUCUUAAYGGAACAGUUGCCUCAAACCUCCUCGGUCAGCUUUCUGCUGAGCUGGUGGGCUACUUCCUCUUCUAUCCACCACUUAUUAUUGCUGAACCAAUUGAAUAUCACAAUCUGAACACAUCUAUUGCAACAAGAGACUUCUGGGUUGUCACAGUGAUCCAGGAUGUUGACAACGCCAGCCUGGAGGGACAGUACCAGAGCUUUGCCAGUCUAAUGGAGCAGCGCCUGGCAGAGCUGUUUGUGCUGGCGGGCCAGCAGGGCACUCGCUUUCGACGAGCCACAACUGUUGGCAGCUUCACUGUUCAGAUGGUAAGCAUCCGCAGGGUGUCUGGGUUGAAGAAUCCAGCAGAGAUGACCUACUACAUCCAACACAAUGGCGUUCCUUUAUCGGGCACUUCGGCCGCCAAGGUCUUGAACACGGUGGAUUCUCAGACCAUGGCGCUCACCUUGGGCUACUUUGUCCAGCUGCAAGCAGAACCUGUGGUCAAGAACCCUCCUAAUAACCUGUGGAUAAUCGCUGCAGUGUUGGCCCCCAUCUCAGUGGUAAUGCUCAUUAUCAUCAUCAUCACAGCUGUGCUGUGCAGGAAGAAUAAGAGCGAUUUUAAAGUUGAUGCCAUCGGUAACCUCAAUCCUCGAGCCAAGAUGGCGUACCGGAGGGAUGUAAGCUAUUAUCACCAGCCUGUGCAGGGGUUUGACUACGCCAAGCAGCACCUGGGACAACAGGGAGGAGAGGAGGAGACGCUGCCUGCCAGUCAGGACACUUUAGUGAUGUCUUUACAAAUUCGGGACACGUCACUGUCGCUAGAAAAGGCUCUGCAACAAGAUGGAACCGUCAACAAAAAAGGCCUCAGUGCAGAAAAGCAUAAAAGCAAAUUGCCAAGCGAAGAUGGUUCCGUCAUCAGCAACGAAUCAGAGAAGCUUCAAUCCGGCAGAGGCCUCUCGGUGUCGAAAGUCACAGCGCAGCAGAAACUGACAAAGGAGGAGACCCGCAAGAGGGACGAUCCAUAUGACUCCUCGUCCGGCUCCCUGCAGCUUAUUUCCAUAAAGCCCAUGACUGUUCAGAAUAACUGCUCACAACCUGCAUCUUCUGAGCGCAGCCACGACUCUGUCAUCGUCAAUGGAGAGGUUAACUUGGCCUUAAAGCAGAAAUCAGACAUUGAGCACUAUAGAAAUAAGCUGAGGCUGAAGGCGAAGAAGAAGGGCUAUUAUGAUUUCCAGUUCACCAACGGCAGCAGCAAUGGAGGUCAGGCCCUGUCGCAGAAACAGCGGAACGGCUAUGAGAGGGAAGCCGGUGAGCAUGGCAGACCUCUGGAGCCUGAUGAUGAGCGAGGUUUCACUUAUGUCAAGUCUCAAAGGAGGCAGUCCCAGGCAGGGCAGAUGGCCUAUUGCAGCAGACAAAGCCUGAGCAGUCCAAGCCCUGGAGGAACAGAGAUGGACCUGCUUGUAAUGAGAGAGCGACCCAGAAGAGGCAUUCGAAACAGUGGUUAUGAUACCGAGCCAGAGCUGAUCAAGGAGACAAAUAUUGAUCAUCUCAUGGGGCCGCGACGGUACACAUACGGGAGAGGAUUAAAAGGACACUCAGAGACGUCCACUUUGAGCUCCCAGCCGUCCAUUGAUGAAGUACGACAGCAGAUGCACCUGCUGCUGGAGGAGGCGUUCAGCCUCGCUUCUGGGGGGCAAUCCACUACUGGAAGACACACCCACCACCAGCAACACUCCUCUGACCACUACAACUCAGCCCCGCCUCCCCUUGCAUACGCUGAUGUGGUAACCAGUGUUCCAGGCACGAUGAGCUCUGGGCUUGGUGGUCUGCAGUGGGUACCGUCUUACGCAACCGAUGUAUAUCAGUGCAGCCUGCCUAAACCAGCUUUUCGCUUCACUCAGCUUCCUGAGAUGGCCUUGGGCUCCCCUCCUCCUUUACCACCUCGCACCGGGCCUCCUCCCAAAACACCUUUAAGACGUUCUACGUCAGACUUGGGGCCUAAGGGAAGGAGCACAGAAACAUCUGUCGCUGAACUGCGGAGUCAACAUGAGAUCAACCCAUAUGGUUCGACCGCUAGAGCAGCACUUCCACCCAUCACUGCAGAACAGCCUGUGUCAAACUAUUCAGGAAACCCAAUAACAGCUGUCUACUCCAUCCCAGCUACCAGGACGGGCUACUCAGAGUAUUUUGUCCCCACGUCGCCCACGUCCUACCACAGUCCCUCUUGGAUGUCCUAUCCACCGGAGCCUGAAGAUGUUCCGCCACAAUGGGCAGACUCUGUACCUUUGCCCGGGUAUGUAGAGGCUUUUCCUAAUCCUCGUUACCCAAAAGGGAGCCCCAGCAGGCUGCCACUACAGUAUAACCAGACUCUGGAGCAGCCWCCCGCUGCCCCCAGCACAGCGUCUGAGCAAAGCCUGCCCCAGGUGCUGAAGGACAUGGACAGCAUGCCCCUGAGCAGCCUCUCCACCUCAGCACUCGUGCAGGCUAUAAGGCAGGAGGUGGCGAAGCUGGCCAUGAAGCAGAAUGACAUGUUCGAGUUUUAAAUUCUGCUCCCGGCUGUGCGUUGUUCUUCAACAGAGGCACACAAAAGCGGCGCUCCGUCAGAGACCCCAUUUUUAAAAUUUGUACUGUUCAACAGACUUCUCUUCUAUACCUGCUGAUUAUUCAUUUCUUCUCACGCACAGCUGAUGUGAUGUCAGCCCUUGAAAGGAUGGAACAAAAGACGAUGUUUUAAUUUUAGAACAAAAGAAAAAUCCAUUCUCUUUGAAGAAAAGUAACCAUCCACCUGUCUUUGUAGAUGUCAAUAGAAUACAGUAAAGGUCAAAACGAUUUCCAGAAUCAGGAAUUGUUUUUUUUUCCUUUUUUUUAGUGAUUGACAUGGUGAACACAAACAUUACCAAUAUUAUAUGUACUGAGAGGACCAAAUUCUUCCUGUCAGAUGGUUAAGUAUAAAUCACGGUGUAAAUGAGCAUGUGCAGUUUAAGGACAUCAUGUAUCUAAUCUCCUUUUACUGAGCAUCAGCUUAAACAAGACGGGCUCCAUCAGCGUCCACUCAUUUCAGAAUCCAUCUCAUAUUAGGUUAACAAAUUAAUUUUUUACAAAUAAUUUCCUUUUUUUAAAAAAAAGAAAUGUUUCUUUACAUGUCAGAUAACAGAAACAUAUUUAUAACACAAACAGAAAAUGUCAUCAGUAAGCUUGUGAUUUUUUUAAAGGUUUAAACUGGAUUUUAUGGUAAUUAACAAAUGGCCUAAACACAGCUUAAAUGUAUGUGUGUUUUCCGCUAAACCAAGUUUAACAUGAUUUAAGAUGAACUGUUGAUGAUGAUGAUGAUGCAACUUACAGAUGGAAUGUUUGUUCAUGUAUGAAUUAUUAUUGUGACAUUAGGCUGUGCACAACAUACGCAGACUUGGUGAAAAGUUAUGAGUGCACUCAAAAAAUGAAAUGUUGGAUUAACUUAACCAUGUUAUGUUACCUGGUUCCACUUAACUGAGUUGAGUAAA